GUCCAGAAACGAGGCAGCCAACACAUAAACCUCGCAAACAUGGCGACACUCCGAGGAGAGUACGGAGAUUGGAAAUACGACCGUUUUUAACCGAGAAAAUAACCUCCUCCUCGCAUGUUACCAUGUGGUGGGGUUAGCCAGAGCCAUCGCACGCACAGCCUUUGUGACGAUGUUUGCAGAGGCCAGUCUGUCCAUCUGGGGAUGGGGGGGUCUUGGAGUCGUGCUGUUCCUCGUCACCUUUGGACCCUUUGCCAUAUUCUACCUGGCCUUUUAUGUCUUCUGCUUUAUUGGAGGGGGCUUUGCGGUCACACUCCUCUAUGGAAAGAUCAACUCGGAGAAACACCUGGAAAAGAGCGAGCACUCGUACCUACCACCCACACAAAUCGGUAUACUCAAGACGUUGGAUGAGAUGAAGCUGGAGUUGAAACCUAUAAAGAUUGACAGGAGACUGACGGGAUCCAGUUUCAUAGAUGAACCGCUACAACAGGUGAUCCAGUUUGCUCUUAGAGACUACAUCCAGUACUGGUACUACACUCUGAGUGAGGAUGAAUCCUUCCUGUUGGAGAUCAGACAGACGCUGCAGAAUGCCCUCGUCCAGUUUUCUACACGGUCCAAAGAGGUGGACUGGCAGCCUUACUUCACCACUCGCCUAGUGGACGACUUUGCCACCCAUUUACGUGUCUUCAGAAAAGCCCAAGACCGCCUCGCAGACAGAGAGGACAAGCAAAGGGACAUAACAGAGGAGCUGGUGGACUCCUUCUUCGAGGCCGAGGUGGAGAUGGAGAGGAAGAUUUGUCGAGAUGUGGUGUGCACUUCACACAAAGAUGAAGAAGGUUUUCUUCGAGACUUGUGCGAGCUGCUUCUGUAUCUGUUACUACCUCCUGGAGAUUUCCAUAACAAGAACAUGAGAUACUUCCUGAGGGAGGUGCUGGCACGUGGAGUGCUACUUCCUCUAAUCAACCAGCUGAGUGACCCAGACUACAUCAACCAGUUUGUCAUCUGGAUGAUUCGGGACUCCAGCUGUAACUAUGAAGCCUUCAUGAACAUCCUGAAGCUAACUGACAAGCCUGCAGAGCUGGAGGCCGUCAAAGACAAAGUGCUGGAGGAGCUGCAGUACCUCCGGUCCCUGGACACUGCUGGAGACGACAUCAACGUGAUCAAGAACCAGAUUAACAGUCUUCUGUUUGUGAAGAAGGUGUGUGAGACCAGGAUCCAGAGACUACACUCUGGCAAGGAGGUGGAUGCCUUGAAGCUGGCAGCCAACUUUGGAAAGCUGUGUGUUAUCCCACUGGAUCACAUCCUCAUCCACAACAUCGCCCUGCAGUUCUUCAUGGACUUCAUGCAGGCAGCAGGGGCCCAAGCAGAGCUCUUCUUCUGGCUCACAGUGGAGGGCUACAGGGUGACGGCACAGCAGCAGCUUGAAGCCAUGCAGGGCUGGCAGAAAGAUGGCAAGAAGCAGCCCAGCGCCACCAAGGGGCUGCUGAAGGCUGCCGCACUGGGCGUGUUUGAACAAUACCUCUCUGAGAAGGCAUCUCCCAGGGUGCAGGUGGACGAGGCGUCUAUAACAAAUCUAGGGGAGAAGCUACAGAAAGACGACCCCACCCCAGAGAUAUUCGAUGAAAUCCAGAGAAAUGUGUACGACAUGAUGCUCCGUGAUGAGCGCUACUACCCCUCCUUCAGGCAGAGUCCUCUCUACGUGCGAAUGCUAGCAGAACUGGACAUGCUGAAAGAGCCAAGCUAUCGAGGAUCUGAUGAUGGUGACGGAGAAUCCUUCAAUGGCUCUCCUACAGGAAGCAUAAACCUAUCUUUGGACGACUUGUCCAACUCCUGCCAUGAUGAAACUAUGCACCUACAUGCCUUCAUCUCCGACACAGGGGUUUGCAAUGACCACGGUAAGACCUACGCGCUGUACGCCAUCACCGUGUUCAGACGCAACCAGGACGGCAGUGAAGACUGCUGGAAGACGUAUCGCCGUUACUCAGACUUCCAUGACUUCCAUAUGAGGAUAACGGAGCAGGUGUGUUUUGAGAACCUGACGUCAAUCCUCAAGCUGCCAGGGAAGAAGACGUUUAACAACAUGGACAGAGACUUCUUGGAAAAGAGAAAAAAAGACCUCAAUGCUUAUUUACAGUUGCUGCUAAACCCAGAGAUGGUGAAGGCCUGCCCAACUCUGAUUCCUUACGUCUAUGACUUCCUGGAAAACAAGGCCUACAGCAAGGGCAAGGGGGAGUUUGCACGAAAGAUAGACACAUUUGUAAAUCCUUUGAGGAGCUCAAUGAGAAACAUGUCCAACGCAGUGAAGGCGCUACCCGACAGUCUAGCUGAGGGCAUGACCAAGGUCUCUGACAACAUGGGCCGUAUGUCUGAAAGACUGGGACAGGACAUUAAACAGUCCAUACUCAAGGUGCCUCCACUUCUCCCCAAGUCUGAAAUCGACCCUGAACACUGUCGAGUGUCUGCUCAGCUGGAUGACAAUGUGGACGAUAACAUCCCUUUGAGGGUUAUGCUGCUACUAAUGGACGAGGUGUUUGACCUUAAGGAAAAGAACCAGUGGCUGCGCCGGAACAUUAAGAACCUGUUGCAGCAGCUCAUUAGAGCCACAUAUGGAGACACUAUUAACAGGAAAAUUGUGGAUCAUGUGGACUACUUGACCUCCCCAGAGCAGGUUGCAGACUACGUCAAGAAGUUCAGGGAUUCCUACUGGCCUAAUGGUAUUCUAGCUGAGUCACCACCCCGGCGGGACAAGAACAUCCGCAUGAGGACCAGAGUAGCUGCCAAGACCAGCCUGCUGGGCAUCAUGCCAGACGAGCUGAAGCACAUCAUUGGAGCAGACACCACGAGAAAAGGCAUCCUUCGAGUCUUCGACAUGUUUCAGUACCAACCCAUGAACCGUCGGCUAGUCUACGUUUUCCUGGAGGGCUUCUUGGAGACAAUGUUCCCACAGUACAAAUUCCCUGAGCUCUUUGUCAAACUACACUCCCGCUCGCCACGCAUCCACAGGUUUAGCCAGAAAGUCAAAUCGUCCUCUCUCAAGAGGUGACAGGAGAGCACAGAGGCAGCAGGGACAUCAGCCAACUAGACACACACUUGGACUUGAGAGCGGAGAGUGACAGUGGGGGGGUUGAUGUGAAUUUAAAGGUGUGUUCGCGUGAUUUCUGCCCUUCUGCUUCCCUCACACACACUCUUUGGUGAAAACACUCCAAUUAUCCAGCUGAUAAUUUCUGUAGGGACAGAAAUGGAAGGAUGAGCAACACACACAUUGCCCUCCUCUAACUCUGUGACACACACACAUGCGCAAACACAAAUCCUGUAAUUUGCACCACGACUGAUCAUGCAGUCAUUUAUUUUAGUUCAAAUAUCUUUCUUUCUCUCUAGUUUAGUUGUGUUUAGUUUUAUCCUGGGCCAGUCGAUGCUGCUUCUUCGUGAUCAAGAGAGCGGACCACGAAUACUGUAUGUUUUUUUUUUUUAACUGCAGGAGCAGAUAGCAUUGACCCACACCUUGCCUUACCUUCCCGCUUCUGUGUUUCAGCUGGCACAGUCCACCAUCUGUGUGACACGAUCGCUCGGCUGUAGUCAAACUAACCCUCAAGCUGUAGACGUUUAACUGCAAAAGCUGCACACUUGCUAACAUGCAAAUUAUUCUUUUUCAUUGCUACCAAAUAUGUCAAUAGCACUGGGUAUAAAAGGCGCUGUUUUUUAAAAAUGUGACUGAACAAAAGUGGGUCGAGAGGAUGAUUUUACAUUUUAUUGUCUGCAUUUUUUUUUGCCUGUAAUCCUCAAAGAAUAAGCCACACCCCCUUUAAGGCUACUGUCACAACGGGAAGACCAAAGCUCAUGCUGUUCCGUGUGUGUGUGUGUGUGCGUGUGUGUGUGCGUGUGCGUGCACGCACUGGCUUGAGGUUAGGGUGCUCUGAACAUUACUGUGCUUCAUAUCUUUAACCAUGUGAGGGAAGAGAACGGCACAGUUUGUGGGUUUGCUCAGCGCGCCAAUCAAAGAAUGUACUCUCUGGUCCAGUCUGUAUUUGGCUUGUGUAGAAAUGUGUGUGAAUGGGUGUGUGAGUGUGUGUUAUAGAAUAAAGAUGCUACCCUCUCCAGUCAGAAACUGUGCCAGUGUGAGCUAGAGAACCAGCCUUAAAACUACAUACAGGAGAAACUGACCAAGAGACGCACGCUAGAGGUAGCGCUCCUUCACACGACUGAACGUUACAAGGAAAUCAAGAUAGAGAUAUGGAGAUAUAUCCCUAAUCACUUUUAUUCAGAGAAGAUAUGUUUAAUUUUGUGCAAUAUUUUUUUUUUCUUUAAUGCAUGUGCAUUUUGAAUCAUUGUAUACUGAAAGAAAUAAUCCAUAUAGUUUUAAUAGUGAAAACAAAACAGAAGUCUCCCUGAGAAAUAUCUUCUUAUCCCAACAACUUAACAUUCCGUUGUUGUAAAAGUACAAUGUUUAUUUUACAGACUUGUUUUAUAAGUCUGAGUUUUUCUUCAGAUUUUGGUGUGCGGGGGAUAUUUUCCACUUAUCCCAUCCACUCCAACAGAAUCAGAGUUCUGGCAGUCGACUGGGGAGUGGCAGGAGGUUUCACAGUCUGAUGAUUAGCUCAUUAGGUUAUAGCUGCCUCAGAGGCGGCCUCACGAUACUGCUUCGUUUUAACUCAUAAGUGGCGUUUUUAUGCGUUCAAGCCUGUCCUGUUGAGUGUGAUCAUAUCUUUGUCGUAACCCAACGGAUGGAGGGACCGCCCCCUCUCUGUCCUGUCCAGUAGGCUCACAGGAGAGCCUUGUACUGUGACCCGUGGAAUCACUGCUAAUGAGCACUUACCGUAGCAACUGUGGGAGGGCCUCUCCCAACGGCUGGAUGGAGCUCUGUUCUUGCCGACGUCAUGGAUGGACUUGUCUGCAUUGAUUGCUUUGCAUUGAGCAGUUGUUGUGGACUCUGAUUGGCUGAGCAGGAGGACAUGAACUGAAGCCUCUUCUCACCCUGAGGUGAAUAUUUUGUCCCUAUAGCGGAGGAGGUGUCACCUUUAACUUUCUGCACACCUCUCCAAACAGGAAGGCUUGUCUUUUUUUUAACCCCAGUAUUUAUGAGUCUAUGAUAAUGAAAAUUGUGCAUAUCUGUGUACAGUAUGUGUUAAUAGUGUGCCUAAAUGUACUGUCAACUCUAUUUUCAUAUUUUUCUUUAACCUAAAAAAGAAAUCAAUCAGAAUGUCAUGAUCAUUUAAUGCGACUGAAAAUGACUUUAGGUUGUUUUUUUGCAUCAUGCUUAUCAAACUCUUCCUUGUGAGCGAUUGUGCUCAGAUCAGUAUAACACUAAUAAAAGGUAACUCAGACUAACUGAC